AUGGGGUCGGCUGACGAACUCAACCUCUCCUUCCUGCUGGAGCACGAGCGAAACAGCAUCUUGAAGGUUCUGCAGAAGGACGAGAAGCUGAGGAAACGAGAGGAGAAGAGGAUACGGAAGUUGAAAAACGAGUUGCUGGAGAUCAAACGGGGAGGUUCCCGGCCGCCGCGGGAGUCGACCGAGCGUCAGUGCGGCCGCUGCGUCAAGACGCUGGGCCUCAUCUUCGACCGCGGCGAGCCCUGCCUCGAGUGCCGGCUGCGCGUCUGCGCCGAGUGCCGCGUGGCCGCUCCCCAGCGCCGCCAGUGGAGAUGCAACGUCUGCGCCAAGAUCUCGGAGUUGAAGGUGGUGACGGGCGAGUGGUUCCUGGAGGAGCGAUUCAAGCGCUUCGAGCACAAACUCUCCAGCAGCGACGUGGUCAAGCAAACCAUCCUGAGCAACCCGCCGGGUGAGUUUGGACGUCCGGAGGCGUCCCGGCCGUCCCGGUCUCUCAACCUUCUUUCCUCCGCGGACGGACUCAGAAAGAAAGGGUAGGAGAUGAGGGCCAAGAUGGAAAAAACGGGCGCAAGAACCUUGAAGUCGGACAACGGCAAAUCCGUUUCGGACUGGGACGCUCGCAGUGUGCGAAGCGUCCGCUCGGCUCAAAGUUCUCAUUCAAACGGCAAAAGCUUGCUAGACUCCUCCUCCUCCUCCCACGGCCGACGUUCCAAGACUUCCGACGGAUACUCCAUCGACAGCGGUGAAAGGAGGCCCGACGGCGCCGAGAGCGUUUCCAGCUUCCGGUCCGGCAGCAGCGCGCCCGAGAAGAAAGGCGCGCCCGCCAUUUCCGUGUCCCAGGCUUCUGUGUCGUCAGAUCACAGUCGCUCGGAGAUGGACCUGUCGGCCGUCGCUUCCGAACACAGCGACGACUCCUUGAGUCUGAGGAGCCGUUCCGUGCCCGGACUCAACCAGACGGAGCUGGACCCAGAGGAAGACGUGGAGGCCCUGAUCUGGGCCCACAAGCCGACGCCCGGACGCCAGCUGAGCAACGCAGUUUCCACGUCUUCCACUCCUGCUUCCGAGAGAAGGUGGGCCUUACUCAAUGUCCCGGACUCUGACGCCGAGACAAGUAGCAUCGGCAGUAUGAUGAGCAUGUACAGCGAGACGGGCGACUACGGCAACGCCCGCGUCAGUGGCGAGAUCCUCCUAAACAUCAGCUACAGCUACAAGACGGGCGCGCUGGACGUGCUGGUCAAAGAGUGUCACAACCUGGCCACCGGGGAUGACAGAAAACAACGCACCGACGCCUACGUGAAGACGUACCUGCUGCCGGACACGUCGCGCCAGAGCAAGCGGAAGACCGGCGUCAAGCCCAACAGCGUCAAUCCCGUUUUUAACGAGAACCUGAGGUACGUGAUCAGCCGCUCCCAGCUGGAAACGCGCACCCUGCAAGUAUCGGUGUGGCACCACGACCGCUUCGGACGCAACAGCUUCCUGGGGGAAGUGGAGCUGGCCUUUGACUCCUGGGAGUUGGAUUCCCAUAUCGACGAGUGGUUCGCGCUGCAGCCUAAGCCGGAGAGCAACGUGGACGCCGACGUGGAGUACAAGGGAGAACUGACUGUGGUCUUGAAGUACAUUCCUGCAGAGAAGAACCUCAUGCUGCCUCUGGACCAAGUACAAGUGAAGAAAGGCUUCCUGAAAGGCAAGAAGAAGAGCACCUUCACCCCACCCAAAGGGGGCAUGGUGGAGCUGCUGGUCAAGGGGGCCAAGAACUUAACCGGGGUCAAGUCCGGAGGGACGUCGGAUCCUUUUGUCAAAGGUUACCUGCUCCCGGACAGCCACAAGUCCACCAAGCACAAGACGGCGGUGGAGCGGCGCACGGUGCAGCCGCAGUGGAACCACACCUUCACCUACUGCGGCCUGCAGCCGGGCGACCUGGACAACGUGUGUCUGGAGCUCACCGUCUGGGACAAGGAGGCCCUGGCCAGCAACGUCUUCCUGGGCGGAGUUCGCCUCGGGGCCGGCACAGGCAGAAGUUACGGGAACAAGGUGGACUGGAUGGACUCGUACGGUGAGGAGCAGCAGCUGUGGCGUCGCAUGAUGGAAAACCCCGAAGUCCCCCAGGAGUGUACGCUGAUGCUGAGGUCCAGCAUGCGCAAGUCCACCUCCGAUGACCCCCGACCGUCGUAA